UCAGUGUUUUGAUAAUGAAAAAAAGAGCCCGAGAAGCCAUGAUUUAAUUUGUAUGUCAAUGGUUGUGCUAAUACUUGCGUGUGCAUAUAUGUGAAUUUGUUGCUGCUGCUGCUUUGAAUGCACAUAUAGUGAUAGCAGUUUUGUGGGACGGUAUUAGGAGUGGGUUUGUUGAAUUUUUGUACCACAAUAAGCGAAACAAAUUAUAUUAGGUAGGGUUCCUUGUUGCCACAUGCAUUUUAGAUGGUUAGAUUUUGCACUGGUUGUGGUUUUUGUUUCCAGAGUAGUUGAAUCCUUUUGUCUCCCUUAAUAUUUUUCUUCCGGCAGUUUGCUUAUUAAUGGUUUGGUGCUAAUUAAUUUGAAAUGAAGAUUGAAUUGCUAUUAUAUUGUUAAAUUGUUGUUAUUGAAUGACAGAUGUACUGGAAGACACCCCUCAAUAAGAAAAACAAGAGGCCUCGUGAAGAAGCUAGCAUAGAGAGACCAAAGAAGGGUCCAUUUGGAGCUGUCAAAAUCGAACAGGGUACAGUUGAUGAAGCAAAUAUUUUCAAGUUUCGCAUACUUCUGCCAAAUGCAACCACUCUCGAUCUCAAAUUGAGUGAGCUGCGCACUGAGAUGUCAAUUGAGGAGUUCAUAGAUGUUGUCAGGAAAGAAUAUUUUACUGUUGCAAAGCAAAGAAACUCUACAGAACCAAAGAGAAGAAUCAUCAAUUGGAAGUACCCAGACCUACAUUUCACAGACGGAAACUUGAGAAAAAUGAGAAUCAAAGUUAAUUUUCGCGAUUUUGUGCAUACCAAGUGGAACUUCCUAUGGCUCCACGAUGGGUCAGCUGAGCCAGAGUUAUACGAGGACAUGUGGGAUCUUACCCCAGAUACCGACUUAUUGAAGGAGCUACCCGAUGACUAUACAUUGGAAACUGCCCUAGCUGAUCUGAUAGAUAAUUCUUUGCAAGCUUUGUGGUCUAAUGAAAGAGGCGAAAGAAGACUAAUAAGCGUGGAAUUGCAUCGAGACAGAAUUUCAAUUUUUGACUCUGGACCAGGAAUGGAUGGCGCUGGCGGGAACCUCGUGAAGUGGGGAAAAAUGGGAGCAUCUUUGCACAGAUCAGUGAGGGGACAAGCAAUAGGGGGCAAACCUCCCUAUUUAAUGCCUUUCUUUGGCAUGUUCGGAUAUGGAGGUCCUGUUGCUACCAUGUGUUUGGGAAGGCGUGCUGUGGUAUCUUCGAAGACAAAGAGUUGUAACAAGGUAUUUACGUUACAUCUGGAAAGAGAAGCAUUAGUGAGUGCUUCAAGCUCAGAGAACUGCUGGAAGACAAAAGGGGGAAUAAGAGAUCCUUCUGAAGAUGAAAAAAUGAGUUCAGAUCAUGGAAGUUUCACGAAAGUUGAAAUUUUUGAGCCUAAAAUGAAGGCUUUGGACAUAAAACAUUUUCGAUGCAAAUUGAAGGACAUUUACUUUCCUUAUAUCCAGUGUGAUGAAAUGUCUGGCAAAACAAGCAGACCCGUUGAAUUUCAGGUCAACGGGGAAGAUUUAGCGGGAAUACAGGGAGGGGAAGUAGCGACAACAAACUUACAUUCAUGCAAUGGUCCCAACUUUACUCUGCAACUUCAUCUUAGAAUCAAUCAGGAUCCAUCUUCAAUUCCCCGCCAAAGCGGAAGAGUGUUCUUAGAAGCAAAUGCAAGACUGAAGUGUGUUUACUUUCCCAUAGUUGAGGGGGAAGAGAGCAUCAAGAGGAUAAUAGAUACAUUAGAUGAAGAUGGCUGUGGAAUCAGAGAGAGCUUUGAGGGAUUUAGCCGCGUAUCUAUAAGAAGGUUGGGACGUCUCCUGCCUGAUGCUCGCUGGGCUUUGCUUCCUUUUAUGGAGCCAAAACAGGGAAAAGGUGAAAAGUCCCACAUGUUGAAGAGAUGCUGCUCCAGAGUGAAAUGUUUUAUAGAGACUGAUGCUGGUUUCAACCCGACACCUCAUAAGACAGAUUUAGCCCAACAUCAUCCAUACACCAAAGCAUUAAAGAAUUUCGGCAACAGGGCAACUGAAAAUGAAAAAGAAGUGCGAAUUGAAAUCUUUAGAGAUGGAAACAACUUGGCUCCCUCUCAACUGGAGAAACAGUAUAAUGACUGGAUUUCGGAAAUGCACGAUCGUUAUGAUGAGGAAAUUGAUGGUGGACUGGAUGAACCCACACUUGUUGUCGUUUCUUCGAAGAUUAAAAAGCUUGGCAUAACUUCUGAUGUCCUGAGGGUUCAUAAAAAGAUCCAGAGGAAAGGAAAGUGCUGGACUGCAGGUCAGAAAAUCAAGGUUUUAAAGGGAGCCUGUAUGGGAUGCCAUAAAACCAAUGUAUUUGCUACAUUGGAAUAUAUUAUCCUUGAAGGUCUUCCAGGGGAUGUUUGUGGUAAGUGCAUGCGUAAUUUUGAGUUGAAUAUAUCUCCAACAUCUCUGAAUGUGACGGUAGACUGGUUUGUAGGUAAGUCGUUUAUUAAAUUAGCUGGCUAUGAGGAAGUUUCAGUCGUAAUGGAAAGUUUGUAUAAACCCUUAUAUCGUAAAUUUCCCUCUGAUAGGCCACUUGGUCUACCAGAAACCAGAAGUUGUCAUAUUUUGAAUAAAGAUGAGAAUAAAAUCAUUGACAUUCGGGACUCCCUAGUCUUACCAAUCAGAGUCAUUGAUUCUGAAAAGUGGAUUCCUGUCGAUGACAUUGAAUGGGAGAAGAAGCUAGAGACAUACAACCAAAAAUUGCCUUCUACCAUCGAACUGUUAAGCGACAAAGACUGCCAUAAGUUGGAGAUUGAAGGGGGAUUUCCUACUGUUGUGAGAGCUGGAGAUGAACCUCCGGAGAAUAUUGUUGCUGUUGUCCGUCCGAAGUCUUUCGAUUCGAAAGGAAAUUAUAAGAGAUUGGACCAAAAAUUCAUUGUUAGGGAUAAUCUUGAUAUGAUUUUAAAAGUCACAUUCAGAGUCGGUGAUGAAUACGUUGGAGAAAGUGAUCAUAUUUAUUCUGUGAUAAUACCACCUUCCUCACAUCAGGGGCUUCAUGGCUUGUACGUAUUUCCAGUGAAAUCAAAACAUCCCCUGCUACUCCAGAAAGCUGGCUUCUAUACAUUUUCCUUUGCUCUGAAAGAACCAAAGGAUGUACAGUUUGAACAAGUGGUGCAAGUUCAGGUAUCAGCUGAGAUUGGCACUUGGAAAGUUCUAAGUCCUAAACAGGAUUCACUGUACACAGUCAGGGUUGGUUCUUCUUUUGAACCUCUUUGUGUAGCAUGCUAUGAUAGAUACGGCAACUGCAUCCUAUUUUCAGCUGUUCCAAAAUUGACUAUCAAGCUCAGUUCACCGAACACAAUUCUUGCUCAAGUAUGCAGACCGAAAGUGAGUGUGACAACUGACAAGUCAACUAUUAAAAUUAAGGAAAUUGUUCUUAGAAGCAAUAAAUUAGAUGCUAUUCGGCCAAAUUAUGAAGCUACCUUAAACGUAAGCACAUUGGAUGGAGCAUUUUCUGUAGCUUUCCCAUGUCGAGUUUUACCUGGAACUCCAAAAAGGAUCACUGAACGUCCAUUAAAACUAAGAACCGAAUUGCGUCCAGGCGAGAUUAUUGAGGAUCUUGCAUUAGAAGUGCUUGAUGAAUAUGGUAAUCACGCCAGAGAAGGUGAAAAUAUUUCUUUGAGAGUAGAUGGAUUCUCUUUUCAAGAUGGAAGCAAUAUUGUCACUGAAAAGGGUAUCAAUUGUACAAAAAAGGUAGAUGCUGAUGGGUUGGUUGAUCUGAGUAAUAUUCUAAAGGUUUCUAAGGGAUAUGGCAAAGAUGUUUUCCUUUACGUAAUAUCCGAAGAGGAAGUCAUUUUCAAACUCCAAUUUCAAACUGAGAUAAGAGAGCUGCGGGCUGUACAGAAGCUAUUUAAGAACUGUAAAGCAGGUUCACAAUUGGAGAAUAUUGUGUUCGAGAUUACCGAUACUCAAGGAAAGGUUGAUGAAAACAUCAAUGAUGAAGAGAAACAUGGGCAGUUUCAUACCCUCAAAAUUAAGUCAAAAUCAUUUGAUAUUGAUGAUUCUGUUCGAUACAGCUUCCGUCAUGGACGUUGUAUUAUUCGUUCGAUCCCUCUCCCUAACAUAGAAGGGAUUCUCUCCUUUUCAGCUUCUCAUUCUCGUUAUCCAGAACUGAACUUGGAUAUAGAGGUUCAUGUUCAAAAUGCCAGCCCAAAGAAUAGCAACUAUACAAGGAAUCAUGAGGGUGUAGGGAAUUCUGUACUGUCAUCCCAAAGUUCACGUGAAAAUUUACGGAUUCUCCCAAUCUCACCUUCCUUAAAUAUUUCAUCCUUUACACAUAGAGAUUCUUCACCGGAAAGUUCGAACAAAUAUGUAUUGCCCAUCAAUUUCUCACCUUUACAAAAUCCUAGAUUUGACCGUGGCAAUCUUCGAAAUGAAAUUUCAGAUAUAUUGCCAAUUGAGGUCUCAGCUCCUCAAGAUGUAGCAAAUUCGGCUGGUUUUGCGUUUAUAUGCCCGAAGGAGCUAGAAGACGAUCUUGCAAACUGCGGCAUGACAAUAAAUGAUCAUGAGAGGAAAUUAGAGAUGCUACACUUUCGUUGGUUACAUAUUCAGAGAAACAUAUCAGAUUUACAAGAUUCCGUUGAUGGUGAUCUUUGUAUUUCGCCGAGCAUGAGUGGAAAAGUCUUGACUCAAAGACAAAUCGAAAGCAAAUGUCAAACUCCAGCCGCAGUAAUCUGCAAGUUGGACGAAGUAUCCUUCAAAUCAAGCCCUGGAGACAUACUUGGUAUUGUAGCACUUCUUGGAACAGUUCAAAGCAUCGAGCUUAGCAGGAUGUUGGCACAAUAUAUUGGUGAGGAUAAAAUGUUAGCUGUUGUGUGCAAAAAUUAUGCAGCAGCCUAUAAUCUUGAGACUACAUUAGGACAAUAUGUAAGGGGAGGAUAUCUUGCACUGUGCCUAGAAGAUAUUAGGAUAACAAUCAGAGAACCGAGCGUAGAUCCCCUAGAGCUAAUGCCCUUGAAGAUGCCUAGCUUGCCAAAUGGCAUUAUACCUCAGGGUUUUUUAGGGUAUGCAGUUAACAUGAUAAACAUAGACGCAAGUUAUUUACAGUGGAGAACGACGAGCGGCCAUGGUUUAAGAGAGACGUUAUUUUAUCGUCUUUUUGGUGAGCUUCAAGUGUAUAAAGAUAGGGAGUGCAUGAUGAACGCACGAUCAUGCAUUCAAGACGGAGCUGUUUCUUUGGAUGGAGGUAUCAUUAGAGGAAACGGGCUCCUCUCUCUUGGCCAUUGGGAACCAGAUAUAUUGUUUCCAGUAGAAAACGAGGCUAUGCCUAAUACUCCACAGAGCUCACAAGCUAUACGAUUGUUGGAAGCAAAGAAGUUGGAGCUUAUAGAGAUAAGUAAGCAGAUAGACGAGGGAAACAAGUUUUUGGAAAGUGAAAGAGAGAAGUUCUUGAUUUCCAGAGAUAGGUAUAACAACUAUCAUCUAUCCCGGAAAAAGCUUGCACCCAGCGGCGCCACCGCAUCGCAACCGCGACAGUCGACGAUGUCAGGCGGAGGCGAUCCACGGAGAAUGUCUAUAGACAACGAAGCACUAAGCCCGCUGGCAAUCAACUCAAGGGCAUUGGUUAUCUCUGAUCCAUCGCAGCACGUCGGACAAAAUAUUCCUUUUUCAAGGGAGGACACUCAAAAUGGGAUGCAUGGUCAGACUGCUGAGUCAAUUGUGAACUACUCUAAGAAACUUCAGGACAGUCUGAAGGAACUGGGUGCGAGACUGAAGCACCAUGAGGACAAUUUCAAAUACUUAAAGACUUUGAAAAACAAGCUGGACGACUCAAUUCUUGAAAUGCAAGUUGCUAUCGGUAAGUAUCAAGGAAUGGGUUUCCCGAAAGGGGAAAACGAAGACCCUACCUAUCUGGAGAGUGAGGAGGAAACUAUUCAGCAUAUUCUAAAGUACGAGAAUUCUGCAGCUGCUCUUUUUUGUAAGAUGAAAAGUAACCCUGUUCAGCUCUCUGAUCAUUCAUUCACUAAGGAUGUGAUCGGUGUUGUUGCUAUGCUUGGCAAAGUUGAUGAUACUAUCCUUAGCAGCCUUCUUUCAGACUAUUUGGGUCUCGAAACCAUGCUAGCAAUCGUCUGCAAGACCUAUGAAGGUGUCAGAGCCAUGGAAGAAUACUCCAAACAUGGUUCAAUCAAUAAAGGUUUGGGCAUUCAUGCACUGGCUGCAUCUACAGGAAGGCCUCUGGAUGACCGAUUUCUUGUUAUUUGCCUUGAAAAUCUAAGACCAUAUUCUGGUCAAUUAAUAGGUGAUGACCCUCAACGAAGGCUUGAUCUUCUGAAGCCAAGAUUAAUCAAUGGAGAAACUCCUCCUGGAUUUCUCGGUUUUGCUGUGAAUAUGAUCACCAUUGACAACACUAACUUAUUUUGUAAUUCAAAAACUGGGUACAGUCUAAGAGAGACACUGUUCUAUUACCUCUUCUCGAAUACUCAGGUGUACAAAACUAGAGAUGACAUGCUAAAGGCACUGCCUUGUAUACCCAAUGGAGCUAUCUCUCUAGACGGAGGAGUAAUCAGAGGUCCUGGGAUAUUCUCUAUGGGUCACCACCGGGAAGAUAUACGUGUGAAGUUCCCCAUUGGCUCUAAACCCUUGAUGCUCCCAGCUAGCUAUUUCGAGAUAGAAGGUCGAUUAAAGGAGACAAAAUGGAAGAAGGAUCGAACCAGUGAAGAUAUGCAGAGAGAGCAAACACUGCUAGAUCGUGUAAUAUUUAACUAUGAAACAAAGAAGAGAGAAUUUGUCAAGUUUCUCGCUGAAAGCUCGCCGCUCACAGCACAGUAUCACAUGGGAAACGCAUCGACCCCUAGAUGAUUUCGUGGAAGCAACUGCUCGACUACUAACUGCAGUGAAAAUUGAAGAAUCCAUUAAUCAUCGGCUAGUGAAGAGUUCGCAUAUAGAAAGUUAGUUAACGAACAUCAACAGCAGUAUUAAAAAGUUAGUUAACGGACAUCAUUAACGAACAUCAAAUAUCUUACUUAAACGUUACAGUUAUAUAGUUUCCCAAGAACCGUGCUUAUUACUGUAGAAAGUAUUGUCAGUUGUAAGUGUGUACCUGCUUAUGAAACCUUUUGCUCCUUUUUUUUAUUUUUUUUUUAUGAAUUUAAUGGUCAGAUGAGAUUGCUGGUU